UUAAAUGUAUUAAUGAAAUGCAGGCUUAUGUAAAAAAAAUCAAUGAAUUGCUAAGGUAAAGAGACAGAACUACUAUGAUUAUUAAAUACAUUAUGGUUUUCUAAAUAAACAAGGUAAAUAAUAUUAAAGUUCCAAAUUCCUUUUAGAAAGACUGUCAAUUACUUUACAGUGUACUAAUAAUGGGUGUGUAGCUGGGCAGGGCCGGGAGGGAGGAGGGCCGGCUACCCCUACGGUGCCAGGCCAGCUGAAAGGCCUCCUAAUGGACACCACCCGCGCUCUGCUAUCGCUGCCCCCACCAACCCGAAGCCGACUUCUCAAGUGUCUCCUUAAACUCCCGCAAGUCGGCCUCGGAGAGACUCGGAGUGUCUCGGAGAGUUCAGGGCAGGGAUACCGCCGGAAUGUUCAAUAACUCCCGCGGUGGUGGGGAAAGAUCGCGAUACUGCGAUGAGAGGGCCGAGGAGGCGGAAAAGCUGCACCAGCUCCCCAUUCUACGCACGCGCAGAAGUGGGGUUUCUGCGGAAGCAAAGGUGAAGCCGGAAGUGGUGUGGUGGCGGGUGUCGGGGUGAAAGAGCUGAGUUACCGCUUGUUCCGUCACAGGUGAGGUUGGCAGCGCUGAACCUGGCCGAGUCGUGGCGGCUGUGCUGGAGGUCAAGGAUGCAUUCCAAGAAAGUUCCAUGAAACAGUAUCAGCUCCAACCUGAUAGUUGACCUAUCCAUGGAAAACUCAUUGGAUCCUCACCAGAUGAGACCAUAACAGGUACUCUUAAAAACUCUUCCUAUCGAAAAGUAUCAGGACUGAAACUCCAAGAUAUAGACCUACUACUUCAAGAAUGUGCCUGCACCAGCUGACAGUCUAGUGGAUCAGCAAAAUUCCUUGAUCAUCAAGUAGACAUACUCAAGUUACCAACAAAGCAGAGGGCUCAACAUAUCUGUAUAUCUGUUUUUCACACAACGUGUGUAACCCAUUUAGUGGGUCACGAAAUCAGUUCUGUGAGUCACGAUGAACAUUUUUUAAAAAGCAAAAUAAAAUAUAAAAUGUCGAAGUGCUUUGGAUGGAUCCUUUGCCAGAAUUUUGCACAUUGCAAGAAAUACUGAGGGACAAGAACUGUACGGGCAUCUGGGAAGCCUUUAAAGUGGUGCUGGACAAAGAUCCCUGUUCUGUGUUUCCCUCGGACUAUGACCUUUUCAUUAACCUCUCGAGGCACUCCAUUCCCAGAGACAAGUCUCUAUUCUGGGAAAAUAACCACCUACUUGUCACUAGCUAUUCAGAGAAUACCCGUCGCUUUAUGCCUCUAUGUGAUGUUCUGUACGGCAGGGUUGGAGAUUUCUUGACCUGGUGUCGACAGAAAAAUGCCUCUGGGCUCGAUUACCAAUCCUGCCCGACAUGGCAAGAUUGUGAGAACAAUCCUGUGGAUUCUUACUGGAAAAGGGCAUCCAUGCAGUAUUCCGUGGACAGUUCUGGGGUGAUCCAAGUCAUGCUGAAUGGUUCUGAUCCAGCGGGAGCCUAUCCUGUCAAAGGUUUUUUUGCAGAUUUUGAAAUUCCAUACUUACAGAAGGAUAAAAUCACACGAAUUGAGAUCUGGGUCAUGCAUGAAAUCGGGGAACCCGCUGUGGAAUCCUGUGGAGAAGGCAGUGUGAAAAUACUGGAAGAGAGACUGAAGAAAAUAGGUUUCAAGUACAGUUGUAUUAAUGAUUACCUACCAGUGAAGCUCUUAAAGUGUGUGGACUACAGCACCCAUCCUGACUGUGCCUUGAAUUCGGCAGCAGCAUCUACUCUAAGAGAAAUCCAAUCCCUUUAUGAAGAACCAGGUGCCAGCCUUAUCAUUCCUCUCUUAGUGGCAUUGGCUUCAGGUGCUCAAAUGUAACCAAAAUCCAUCCAGCUGUGCUGCCUUACCUGGCCUCCAGCCCUGCAAAGUUAUCCUCUUGCUCUUUGUAUACCAAGUGAUUCUGCUGGUGAACGAAGCUUGUUGCUGGGGAAAAAAUACCCUGCAAUUUAAAAAAAUAUGACAUACAUGCUCAGGAUUUCAGAAACAAGAGAUUAAUUUAGUCCAUUCGAAUUAAAGCAAGUAGUGGUACAGAGCAGUGAGACACAGGCUCUUUGUAAUAUAAUCAAACAUUUUUAGAAAAUUCUAGUUUAUAUUUAUUCAUACCCCCAGCAAUGACACACUGCUUGCUUGUUGAAACCUUAAGACAUAUAUGCACUGUAUAUAUUUAUACAUAAAUAUUUGGUAUGCUUCUGGAAAUGUUUUGUGUUGGAUCAAAUUGCCACACAUAUAGAAUGUGCAUGUGUUUCUCUUUUUCUGAUUAUAAAAGUAAUGCAUGAUCAUUGGAGAAAAUUUGUAAGACAUAAAAGAGUCAAAAAUUGAAAAUAGAAAUCAUUGAUAAGACUACCAUCCAGAGGUAAUUCCUCCUUUAUUUCCUUUCCUUUUACUGUUUUACUAAAAACGUUUAUUAUACAAACAGCACACAUUCAUAUUAUAACUUGUUAAAUUCUCUAAAAAGAUAAUUGAAUUAUAUGAUAAACAUUUUUAUCCUAUUUCUCACACUUACUUCUGACAUCUUCUUAUGUCAUCAAAUGUUCUUUGGAAACAUGACAUUUUAAAUUCAUAUACUGUGAAAUUUACUCUUUUUGGUGUAUAGUCCCAUGAGUUCUGGCACAUACACAGAUUUAUGAAACUGCGACCACAAUCAUAAUGCAGAACAAUUUCAUCAUCUCCCCAAAAUUCCCCUUGCUGCUCCUUUGUAGUUAACUCCUCCCCUUAGCCAUAAAUCCUGGUCAUCACUGAUUUGUUUUCCAUUCCUAUAGCUUUGCAUUUUCCAGAAUUUCAUAUAAAUAGAAUAACUCAGCAAUGUGGCCUUUUGAGUCUGGGUUUUUUCAGUUAGUUGAGUACAUUUGAGUUGCAUCCAUGUCAAUAGUUGUAUGCAUGUCAAUAGUUGGUUCCUUUUUAUUGCUGAUAGUGUUCCACUGUAUAGAUGUGAUGUGCCACAGUUUGUUAAUCCAUUCAUGAGGUGAAGGACAUUUGGGAUGGUAAACAAGAUCUUUACUACUUGAAUGAUAUUCCUUCCUAUCAAUGCACUAAACAAUAUGUAAAUAGUUCCCUAUUAUUGAAUGUUUUAUUUUUCACCCCAUUAUAAAUAACCAUUAAAUAAACAGAAAAGAAAAAAUGACAACAAAAGCUCAUCACUGAUACCUUCCUGUGCCCCUUGCUCCUUGGCUAAGCUGAGGGAUUGUGGGUCUUCACGCAUGGUCACUCGCUAAUGCUGAUGCCCUGGUGGCCAACAAGUGGGCCAGGGCGGGGGGCUCUCUGCCUUUCUGUGGGGCCCUGCAUAGGAGAAGGCCCGUCUCCUUAGAGAGAAAGAGAAUUAUCCUGGUGGUGGCAGCAGCCAUCAACCCUGCAGCCCUGAGUGUGGAGCUCUUUCUUCCUUCCCACUGCCCUUACUCUCUGCGUGAGGCACUCUGAUGUUGACUCUUGUUGGCUUUUGUUGACUCACUAUAAAACUGGGGAAAUGCACGGCUUGAUGAUCAUUGUGUAUAAUAUAUAUUUUCAGUUAAACGUCCUGAAUAUCUCAAGAUCAUCUCAGAUGUGGCCCGGGGCUGAACUCAGUCUUCAGGAAUGAUACAACAGCCUCCAAACUUGUUGCCUUUGCCUUCUGCCUCUUUCUGAUCUCAUCUCACCUCAUCUCCCAUCAUUAUCCUUCUAUUCUGGGGUCUGUGUUCCAGUUGCCCUGUCCCAUGCUCAUUCCAGGGGUUUUCUCUGCUCUGGCAGGACAGGCCAGGUUCCUUGACCAUCGUCAUCAGUCACCCUCAUCACCAACAUGGCCAUAGCUACCAUUAUGGAGCUUUUACCAUGAACCAGUAAGUUAUUACUGUCUAAAGGAAUGAUUUAAUCUUUACAUUGAUAAUCCGAUGAAUCAGUUCUCAUUUCUAUCCUUAUUUUGCAGACAAAGAAACUGAGGCUUGAUGAGGUAAAUUAACUUGCUCAAGGUCACACAGCUAGUAAAUGGAGGUGGUGGAUUUUAAAACCAGGUGGGCUGACUUCAGAGUUGGGGUGCCUAACCAUUUACUGAACUAAGUAAGGACCCAUGAAUGCCAAGGACCCACCUUGGGUUCUGUUACAGCACCAUCUGCUUUCACUGAUUCUUUCCUCUCUACUUUUUCUCAGUCUGCUUAGAUUUCCAACCCUGCUAUCCAUGUUCCAUUUAUGUUUCGCUUCUCCCUUGCACUUUGACAAUGUAUCAGUCUCUCUUAUCUCAAACCAGGCUUCCUUCUUAUCUACACUUGCAUCUCUCCUCCUUGCCUCAGCAUGGAGUUACGAACAUCACCAGAGUGACAUGCUUCCAAUCCUACUCAAACUACUAAGCACCUUAGAUGGUGUGCUGGUUUGAAUGUAUUAUGUCCCCCAGAAAAAGCCAUAUUCUUUGAUGCAAUCUUGUGGGGCAGACAUAUUAGUGGGGAUUAAGU